GGAUUUGUAGCGUAAGCCUUGGAGAAUGAUGUCACUAUCCUGCGACUACUGUCGAGAGCAAAAUAAAGGCUAGUUUAACCAUGUCUAUUAGCUGAAAUAGAUAAAUAUACUACAGAAAUGUCUUUAGAGUGCCUUCUCCGUGAUUUGAGUAUUAAGUCUGAAACUGAGGAUGUCAUUUCUGUUCUUUCUGAAAUCCGUGAACGCUUCGAGGAGAGAAAUUCAGACAAGACGAGGAUCCUGAGUCGCACAGCCGAGGUGUUCAGGGUCAGUUCCCGGUCCUGGCUCUUCCCCGAGCUCAGCUCACACAGCUUCCGGAGCACUUAUACAGACCUGGUGAAGUCCUGCACUGAAUACGCCGCUUUGCCUUUGUGUGACACGGACAGCGGUACUUUACCGGCCACUAGCUAUGAAGAGAUCCCGGGAAAAGCCGUGGCGGUCGGGGGAGCUCUGCUGGCGCUGAGCGCUCAGCUCGGAGAGGCGGUGAAGUGUGGAGACUCAGGGGCGAAGGCUCUCAUUCACACACUCAGUCCUGUGCUGUGUGUCUUCUCCAUCACACACGUGCAGAAGCAGGCGUGGACUGAUGGAUCGUCCAGGAGAUGUGCUGUGGAGCUGCUGAGGAGCACAGUCACAGCCAGUGGGAGCAGCUCAGUGCAGGAGCUGCUGUGUGGAAGUGAUGGAGGAGCAGCACCCUCAGGGAUCCUGGGAUCCAUCCUGGACACACUGCAGCCUGACAUGACCAAGGAAACCUGGAAGCGAAACGAAGCAGUGAAACACGUCUUCUCUUGGCUGCUGGUGCAGGUCGGGCGUCCCUGCUUAGCCGAAUACCUGGACAAGGUUUUCCCUACGUCUCUGCUCAUAUCAGACGACUACCGGAUGGAGAACAAAGUCCUCGGAGUGCACUGCCUUCAUCACAUCGUCCUUCAUGUGCCUGCUGCUGAUUUGAGGCAGUUUAACCGAGCUCAGGUGCUCUACGACGCCCUCUACAAUCACCUGUACACGUCUGAAGCUCCGCUCAUACAGGUGGUUCUGCCGUGUCUUAUAGAUUUACUCUCAGUCCUUGAGAAGCCUCUCGGCCACGCAGGAUUACCCCGAACUCCGAACCGCUGUGACAGCGUUCUCCGCCUCAUUUUAACGCACAUGGAAAUGGAGCACAAGCUCGCGCUGCGCCGGAUCUACGCCAGCAACCUCCUGCUGUUCGUCGAAACGAUGGGUAUAAGCAUCGCUCGGCAUCUGAAGAGGCUGGAGAGGGUGAUUGUGGGAUAUCUGGAGGUCUCUGAUGCUCCUGAAGAGAAAGCCAGGCUCAGCAUACUCGAGGUUCUAGAGAGGACGAUACAGGUUGCCUGGCCGAGGAUGGAGUGCAGGCUGUCUGUCCUGGCUAGGAGCUUGCUCAGGUUCCUCGUGGACGUCUCUGCAGAGUCUCUGGCUCCUGAGCUCACUGAGGAGCUGUCGAACAGAGCGACACGCUGCCUGCUGCUGCUCGAUCACUGCUCACACGGCAGACUGAGGGUGGAGCUGAAGGAGGUGGACAGCAGCUGUGUGUGUGAGCGAGUGUUAAAGUGCAUACAGGAUCUUACGCAGGCAGAGUGUGUGAGCUGAGUGUCCCUGAUGCACGAUUCCUCACACUGUAAACGCCAAACGAUGGAUCUGAAGCCAGUGAGAUCUAAUCAGGGCCAUCUUUUUCAUUUAUUUUGUUAGUAUUAAGAAUAAGAUUAUUAAAUGCAUCAGGUAUGUUUUUAUGGACAGCUGAAUAAAUUAAAUGGACUUCUAAGGUGACCCUUUUUUUUCUGAUUAGAGCUCCUGCUCAGAUUCUUGGAAAGUCUGGAAAAGUUGCAGAUGUUUCUGUAAUAUGGAUUCGGGCCACAAACGUUCUCAAUCAAUUGUAGACUUUUAUUCUCUAAACUAAUACGCAUCAUGUUCACGGUUUCCCUUCUGUACGCUGACUAAGCUUUAAAAUGUUUUUUUGUAUGAAUGUAGUCAAAUCAAGUCUAAUGAAAGAAAAAAAAACAUUUACGUCUCUUUAGAUGUUAUAUUUCCAGUUCCAGAAAAACAUUUCUUUUACAAAUCUGAUUAGAUCCUGUAACAAAUGGUAGAGAUUUUAAUGUUUUCUCUGAUAUCCUAUCCAACAUUAUUUUUAUUUAUUUAUUUAUUUUUGUUGGUUUCAGCCCGAUACUGAUACUGAUACUGGGUAUUGGAUCAGUGCCAUCUCUAUUAAAAUGUCUAUGAAACUCAUUAAAGGGAUGAAAUAAAACAUUCAGCUGCA